AUGAAUGUUCUCAUUGGAAAACGUGAGCUUUUUGCAUUCGCGGAACGCUACUCCGAGUGCCGCAUAAAGGAGUAUGCAGAGCUGGCAGAUGGUGCCAUACUGUGUUCUUUGUUCGCUGCCGUGUUUCCAAAUAUGCGCAUUCGGACUGCAACAUCGCAGACGCACACACGUUCUCAGCUUGCGCAUGCAAACUGGUCAGCUUUACGCAAAGCGUUAAGUGCUGUUGGCAUCCCUCCGUCGUUGCUUAACCGUGAAAGGCUGCAGUGUGGCGAUGCUGAAAGCGGCUUCUCCGCCCUUGUGCUUUUCUACUUUUUGUUUCACCUGUCGAGGCGCAGCGACUUCUCUGCAGAGUUCGCCGCUGAUGUCUCUGAAGAGCUCACAGAGUUUCUUCAGUCAGUUGAUUCCAUCGCGGCACUUGUUGCUGGAGGCGCCAUGUCCUUAAGCGCGGUUCCACUGCCUUUACAAGAGCAAUUGCGAGGUGCUAUUAUGAGAACACGUGAAGGAUGUGGGCUUCCAGAAGGCGGGAAGGAGAGUGGAAGAAGUUGUGGUGAUACGGGCUUAGACACUGCUUGUCCCUCAUCUGUUGUCCUUGCUGUGCAGAUGGAUGGAGGAGAUAAUGAAAACAACGAGAAAACAACAUCGGAUGACCUAAAAAGGCCGCCGAGUUUCAGUUCUCCCGAAAAAUUUGCUGAGAGGAAGGAUGACCGAGUGCCUCAAGAGACAGGGGGAAACGAAAGGGAAGUCCACUCCGGUUAUUCAGUCUGUAGGAAGUGGAAACAAGAUGACAGAGAGUGUGAAGAGGCAUAUGACACUAUCGACCACUGCGAUAGCUGCAGGGGUGGCGAUGCUGGGUAUCGUAGAAUGGCUGCUGGUGUGGCGGAGGAAGUGGGUGAUGAGUUGAUGGCGCCCAUAUUUCAACAAAAUCGUGAUCUUCAAGAGUUACUAAUGGUCAAAGAAAAGAAGUGUGAGGAAUUAAAAGCACAGAACUUAGAACUACUUGGCCACUUAACUAAACUCCGCAUCCAGUAUUCGAUGGAAAAAGCUUUGCCCUGGCAGGGUGACGAUACAGCGAACGAAUCUACCAAAGUGGAGAAGGGUGAACUUCUAGCAUCGGAGGAAGUGCAACACCUGCGCUCUGUUCUGCAGACCACAAGAUCGGAGCGUCGCCGACUUGCGGCAAAGGAUGGUGUUCCUAUCGAUGAACUUCUGGGGGGCAUCGUUGAUGCGGAGACGGGAGAAGUAAUUGAUGUUGAAAACGAGGCCACUUUGCUUAAUGGUGUGCUCGCUGAUGUUCUUCGUGAUAUUCCUCGCGAUCGGCGCGAGGCCCAGAGAUGUCUUUGGCGCAUUGUGUCCGCCUUCAACGUUUUGGAAGAACGUCUUGCAGUUGCAGUUGGUACACAAAAACCGAAUUGUGAGCGAGUGAAAAGGGAAGCAAAUACGAUCUUUGGUGAUGACGGUGGCGAAUGUGGGUCACCUGCUUCGGUUUUCCGCCCCCCCACCACUCCGUGCACCACCGCAAAACUUGUUGAGUCUUGUGAUGAUUCAUCAAUGUUUGAUCUAAAGGCCCCCGCCGACCCUUCUUUGUCGCCUGAAAACAUUUUCUCGCGGUUAAAGGAGGAGAUGAUACUGCGACAGAGGCGAUUUGAACGCCAGCUUAUUCAACUGCACGACAAUGAGGCACGACUGCAGAAACGUAUCCAUGUACUACAGAACAAAAUCUGCCAUUUGUGUCAGAGGUCUCUGGAACGUGAUUUGACGUGGAAGUCCUUGUGCGCUGCAAUCUGUGAAGCCGAACGCACUUCACUUCUUGUUGCAGAUGCGGAGAGUGAGGAAGCGGUGGAACGGCUGCUGGAACAAAGGAAUGCAUGCUACAUACGUGCAGACGAAGUAUCGGCUUCGCUUAUGCGGGACCAAGAGGAGCAAGGUGAUGCUCUUAUUAUGCCCGGUGGCCAUGAGAACGACUGCCACGAUGUGUGUGAAACAAUGAAGGUGCUCCUUGAGAGCGUUACGCAGGACAGAGACAAACUGUUAAAGGAACUCGAAGCUCUGCAAGACGUGGGUGAAACUGGGCGCAAUCAAAGAACUGAGCACCAGCAACGGUUGUCAAAGGGUGACUUGAGAAAGUCUGUGCGAACGCUUCUGCAGGAGGAGGGUCACUCGAGCAAUGGGGAGUGGUUUGCGCAAACAAGCACGUUUUUUCCCUUUGCUUCCUCACCUUCAAAACUUGUGCUGAAGAAUUCGGUGUCCGCAGCACAACAGGAGGACGGUCGACCCCUUCAUGGGGGUCGUUGCCCAUUGCCUCCAGGGGAAAACCUUUCUGCGCUGCUCUCAUUGCCUGGAGUGAUAGGACGGUAA